CGUUUGAUGAUAACUCUUCAUGGAACUGGAUACUGGAUAGGGUGAUAUCAGUUCAGGUCCUUUUUCUCUACUCCCCCGACAGCGGUUCUCCAUUGAUUCAGUUUUGAAGAAGAAAAAACAUCAGAAAUGGCGUCUUUUUCGGCAUCUCCCUCCAUAUCUUGUUUCACAGCUAUCAAACCCAAUAAAAACCCUACUUCCCUGUUGCCCACUUCUAUUUCUGCUAGCACUUUCUCAUGUUCUUUAUCCAAUCGACUUCGGGUGGCCCGUGUUUGUUUUAGCAUUCCCAAUUCUUACCCUAAUUCAUCGGUAUCCAAGACAAAUUUGUCAAAUUUGAAGAAGAUAAGAUCUGUUGCUGAAGAUACAGUAAUUCCCGAACAACAAGAAGACACCAUCAGCAACCAAGGAGAAGUCGAGGCAACCGUUUCUGUUCCAGUUUCUCCUUCCGAUAUCCUCACCAUGUUCUUUCAGGCCGAGGGAACAAUGAGUGAAGCAGCUAUUCCUUCAGUGACAAGUGCUCUACAGGAGACGGAGGGCAUUUCAAACUUAAAAGUCCAAGUUCUUGAGGGUAUUGCAAGCGUUGAGUUAAAGAAGAAAACAACAGUGCAAGCUACUGGAGUGGCUUCUAAUCUGGUUGAGAUCAUACAAAAUUCUGGAUUCAAGUUACAAGCACUCAAUUUGAGCUUUGAGGAUGACUAUGCCAAUUAAAAUUUCUAUUUCAUUUGUUUAUUUGGAAUCUUUUCCUCAAAGUUGUUGAAAUUUCUUGCUGAUACUAUUUUUAUUUUUCUUUUAUUUGCAUUGAAUUGUGUUCCGGAGUAAUAUAUAGUUAUGGAAAUAUUUAGAGAUACCAUUUGACCCA